AACCAUCGACUUCGGUAGUUCAAAGUGCGAUGGGCCCUCCUGCACCCAAGCCCUUCGAUACUUCGGCUACGCAUCCUCUGAACUCUCUUCUCUCGAUUGCAAACCAGGCCCCGAGUGGGCUCAAACUUCGCAUACCCGGACGCUCGACCAGCGCUUCGCAGCAAGGUCUUCCGCCGGCACUUCCUCCUAAUUCAGUCUCUGCACCGCCUUCAGCAGCACCCACCCCAUACAUUUCUGGUACUAUACAUACCACUCCCGGUUCUGCAACCCCUGUCCCGAGCUCUGUACCAGCGCCACAUUCACCAGCCGAGGCACAAUCUCAGCCACAGACGCCCGUGUCUGCGUCUGCAUCUGGGCCGGCAUCCGCGAAACCGAAGGUCAAGAAGCCGAAGAAAAAGACCGUGGAUAUUUUUAAGACGGAUUUGCAAGAAUAUGAACGUGUUCGGAAGAGGCAACAAAGCCUCUCCACAGCUGCUUCGGGCCAGCCAAUGGCUUCCCCUGUGAAUGGGGUGCCCCCGGGAUCUGCGUCAGCACCGCCUACGACGUCUAAGCCUCCGGGCUCAAGUCUCAUCGGGGUUUCUGGCGCUAGUCUGGAGGGAGUGCCCCCAAUGUCUUUGAUAUCACAGCCUGCCCAUCAAAGUACCUCUGUUCCGCCGACUAUCUCGACUUCAACCCCUGCGUCGGCGACAGCGCCGCGUACGAACGCAUCUCCGGUACCUACGAUGCCACAAUCUGCGAAUGGACGCUCCUCAGCCCCGCCAGCUUCCUCGAUCGUGAAUCCUACCUCAGCUCCUUCGAUUCCGCCCAGGCCCGUUACUGUAGCUCCAGCGAAAGGAUCUUCACUGGCAACUAUCCUCGCGAAGAAGAAGGAGGCUGAAGGUAGAAUGAUUUCCAUGCCUCCCCCGAUGGCCUCUAGUCCGAAACCUGAGGCUAUAUCACCCGCAGUAAAAGGGUUCGCUACGCCACCACCGCCACCGCUGCCUAUAUUCGCUACUGAAGGUCCUUCGAUAUCGCUCGGGACAUCAUCAGAUUCAAACACUCAACCGGUUCCUGCGUCAAGCUCGACUGCACCCGAAAUGACUCCCGUACUCGAUCCAAGCAAGUCUUCUCCAGCGGUUUCUGCACCUCCUCCACCUGCCAUCUCGUCCACCGCGAUCGAUGCGUCAGUUGUCCCAAGUCAGGUCCCGUCUCCUACCAGAACUCUCAACCAAGAACUGCCACCAUCACCAGCGUCUUCGACCACUCGUUCAUCGUCCUCACAUUCGUCCCAUUCGCCACGCUAUACGCUCCCUCCAGGCCCUCGUCCGACCUCAAAGCCCGAUCGACCCUUGGGCGCCCUGAUAGGCGAAGCCAUCCUCGCCUCCCCGGAACUGGCACUUUCGUCCCGUCACAUAUUCGAAUACAUCAGUUCUGCGUACCCUUACUACCAACCUGAAGACGGUAAUGGUAAGACAGGAUCAGGGUGGCAGGCUGAGGUCCGAAAGGUGUUGCGUGUGUUUCCUGUUUUUCGGAAGAAGGUAUUGGAGAAGAAGAAGGGGAAGAAGAAGGGGAAGACGGUUUAUUCUAUUCGGGACGCGGAUUUGAAGGCAUUUCUGAAUGGUGGGUUUGACAAGGAUGAUGCCUGGGAUGUUCUACUAGAGGAUGCCCAGUCGGACGGAGUUGACCCCACGUCAGUUCAAGACCGCGAGAUGACUCCAACCGAUUCAAUGGACGUCGAUACGAAACCCGGGCCCUCGACGCAGGGUUCACAGUCAUCUCCGAAUUCCACGAAGCUGAAGCUUCGUAUCAAGAAACCUCAGCAUUUGAUCGUUUCGUCUGGUGGCGAAGGGUCGCAGACUUCUGCGGUGGAUGUGUCGUCGAAGGUUGCUUCUUCGUCAGGAGCUGUUUCUACUCCGAUGGACACCGCUGCUGUGAAGGAAGGGCCGAGUUCGGUCCAUGAGGCGAUGGAGGUAGAUGGAAGAGUGGGUACCGACGAUAAGGUCCUCGAAGUCUCUGCACAAGUGACGGGAGAACCAGGUGCGAGACGGGAAGCAGGGAAUAAGAGUGGUGAACUACAGACCCAGGCGGCUAUGGACGUUGAUGAACCGAAUGGAUCCUCGAAGUCUGCUAGAGCUAGCCUUGCACCAAACUUGCCUGCAUCUGGGCUCUCCGAAGUUAUUCGGGCAGCUUCACGAGAACCAUCAUUGAAAGAUACCAUUCAAGAUGUAGGUACUACUCAGGGAUCACCACACGUCGAGCAGAUACAUCAGAGUAACGAAAAGGGUUCUUCGUCGAUGAUGCCUACAGACGCACAUACUUCAGGACAGUCUGCGGCACAACCCUCCCACACAGACGUUCAGUCUCACCAGCGUCAACCCUCUACAGCCCAGUCGACCUCGAGUCACGAAGGUUCUGUACCCAUGAGCAUCAGUUCAUCAUCUCCGCUCCAUCCUAGUCGAAAGCGCACUCGGUCCCUCUCUACGACACAAGACAAUGACGAGAGAUCAUUGAGGAUGAAGAGUGAUGUUCUGGACACGGAAACUGCUCUCAAUCCGCCUAGGAUGCCCAAUUCUUUCAUAGUACCUAAGAUGAAUCCGUCGUCGCCGACCUCGAGUGUCAAGACCAAUGGAAUCAAGCACGACGACCGGAGCCCCACCUCUCCUGCUACACGAUUCUCGCCGUCCACGUAUCCGUUCCUUUCGUAUGCCAAAGAAGCCUUUAUGAAAAGUGAGAACGACAGCAAGUCGGAUGUCCUCCUACCUGCCGGUAUGUGGCCCUACGGCGUUCAAGUCGGUGCCCCUUUGCCGUCUUCAAUCGACUUCGAGUUUUUACUCCAUGACGAAGAGUGGGCGUUGAUGCAGCAGUGGAAUGAGAAGUACUACACCACCAGAGAUGUCUCCAAAUCAAUUGUUCUUUCUUUGGGGUGCUAUUCGACUGCUGAAGCCCAGAAGGCCCAGAAGGAGGAUCCGACACUGUCUCUCUCUGACAUGUUAACUCGUAUCCGGCCAAAGCCUUGGCCUGCGGGACGGCUAGUUUAUGCACAGGUGAACGACGGGGGCAGUUGGCUUGUAACUUCGUUGCCAGAUAUCAUCUUUGACAACCGUGUCGAAAUUUCUCGCCUUGUCAAGCUUGGCUCAAACCGCGUCACGAUAAACCAUACCGAGGACAUGUCGGAAUAUUUGUUUGUUCUUCACGCCCAUUUUCCUACGCAAAGCCAGCUCGCUGAGCUAGAACACGAGCGUACGAAGGAUGUACAAUGGUCCACGUUGGCUCACCAAAUAAUGUCCCAGGUCAAGGUACCGAAGUUUUCCGACCUGGCAGUCAAGAGCGCUUGAGUUCGUUCGUACGCACGCACCAUCUUGUUUGUUCCGUGUUUUCUUGGAUACUUGCAUAUAUUGCCUGAUCGCAUAGCAUACAUCAUCGUAUUAUAUUUCUUGGAGUUACAUUUUGUUGCUUGGUUGUGGCAGUUGGUUUAGGUAACUGUCUCAGCGUGUGCGGCGCUGGUGUCCAGGUGGGAGAAGUGAAUCUCGAAGAGGUUUGCUAACCUUCUACUGAGCUGUUAGUAACGAAGCGGUGAACUU